UUCAACCAUCACACCGUUCGACAUGAAGCUUCUAUCACUCGCAACCUCUGCGCUUCUCGCUACCCACGUCUCUGCGCGCUCCACCUUCUUCAGCAUCUCCGAUGCCGCACCGCUAGACGCCAACCUUGCCAUCCCAGGCGAGAACCCUCUCGAGCACUGCGCAGAUCCCAAGGAUGACAUCCUCGCACUGAAGAAGGUUGACCUCAACCCAAACCCACCACGCGCCGGCACUGAGCUCACCAUCACGGCUUCGGGUAUACUCAGCGAGGACGUUGGUGAAGGCGCAAAGAUCCAACUGCAAGUCAAAUACGGUCUGAUUACCAUCAUCAACCAAAGCGCCGACCUCUGCGAGACCGUCAAGAACGUCGAUCUGGAAUGCCCGCUUAAGAAGGGCAAGAUGAGCCUCACGAAGGCGGUGAAGCUGCCAGCGCAGAUCCCGCCAGGCAACUACCAUGUAUCUGCGGACGUCGUUUCCAAGGAUGGGGACAAGGUGACUUGCUUAAAGGCGAGCGUUGAGUUCAAGCGUGGAGGAGCUGUGGUGUACAAGCAGGGAUUGUAGGCGAUAGUAAUAUGGCACAUGUAUGUAUUAGGGACAAGAUCACAGAUUCGGCGACAGGCGAAACGUGGUCAAGCUGUAGGCGCUGGUCGAUACCAUG